CUACCCCUCCCUCAGUCUCGACAUGGUCGUGCUUCCUUUUCGGUGUUAAUUGAAGCCUAUCGUUCACUUUCAGUCUAGGGUUAUUGAUGGUGCAUCAUCAGGCUGAUCUGGAAGAUAAGUUUGGCUUAGGCUGUGGGAAGAACUUGCCAACGGCUCAGGCAUGGAGAACCAUAGAUUGUUCCUUCCAAUGGCGUGCACGUUUGUACUUCUGGCGUCUUCACAGUCGGCUAAAAUCCUGAUAAUCUCUCUGGUCGGGGGAAGCCACUACUUGCUGUUUGAUGAGAUUUCUCACACACUUCACCAGAGUGGCCAUGAUGUGCACAUGCUGGUUCAGUCUGGUGUCCCACGAAUUAAAGGUUUAAACUACACUGGGAGAAACAACAGUUACCGGGUUACACUGUGGUCUGCAAGUGAGGAAUAUCUGUCCAGAUAUGAGCAGUGGUUCUUGGAGAAGCAGCGAGAGUUCUUCCUGGGCAGAGAAACUGCGGACAUGUUCCUGGAUUUAAUGGGUCAUUUUGCACUGCAGUGUGAGUGGAUAAUGAAUGAUGUUAAUAUCAUUGACUCUUUAAGAGGUGAGCACUUCGAUAUUGCAGUGAUCGAUGCCUUUAAUCCUUGCUCAUUCCUGGUGGCCGAGAAGCUGGGUUUACAGUUUGUCACCGUCCAUGGGGGUAAUUUCUGGAAUGUUCACCAAUGGGGAAUGGGAGUCCCUCUCUCCUUUGUUCCCGUCCAUCGCUCACUACUCACCGAUCGCAUGGAUUUCUGGCAACGGCUGAAGAAUUCCUUAAUGUUCCUGGGCUCCCUUGGGUUUGAGAUGAGGAUCCAGGCACGGUUUGAAAAAGCCAUCAGGGAACACUUCCCUGGAACUGACGUCAGCCUCUCUAAGCUAUACACGAAGGCCCAGCUGGCAAUCUACAACACCGACUUUACCCUGGAAUUCUCACGGCCACUGCCUCCUAAUGUGAUUUGUGUUGGAGGGUUGCUUUCAAAACCGUCAAAGCCAGUCCCACAGGAACUAGAAGAUCUCCUACAGACUGCCGGAGAGAACGGCUUUGUGGUGGUGACCUUUGGCUCUAUGCUGAUGUCUGUCAGCCUCCCUGGGCUGCUGAAAGAGAUGAACGCUGCCUUUGCCCAGCUCCCCCAGUUGAUCAUCUGGAGACAACUGCGCAGUAACUGGCCAAGUGAUCUCCAACCUGCCCCCAAUGUCAAGCUGCUCGAUUGGCUCCCGCAGAAUGACCUGCUUGGUCAUCCCAAGGUUCGUCUCCUGGUGACACACGGGGGCAUGAACAGCCUGCAGCAGGCAGUGUACCACGGAGUGCCUGUGAUCGGCAUCCCACUCUUCGGAGAUCAGUUUGAUAACAUGGUGAGGGUGGAGGUCAAGGGCCUCGGGCUGACUGUUCAUGUCACCCAAGUACAGGCAGACCACCUGAGUCACACCAUGGCCACUGUCAUCAAGGACAAAAGGUACAAAGCUUCAGCAGAGACUCUGAGCCGUGUCCACCGCUCGUACCCAUUUCCUCCACGUCAGCGCCUGGUGCAGUGGCUGGAGCAUGUGCUGGAGUUUAGAGGAGGUGACCAUCUGAGACCCUACGGUUUGCAACUGCCCUGGUAUCAAUACCACCUCCUCGACGUCAUCCUCUUCCUGCUGGGCAGUGCCUCUGUGUUGGUCUACCUCAUGCUCAGGGUUGUGUACGGCCUGAAGGGGGUCGGAAAAGUGAAAAAGGAUUGAAGUGACUGUUGGUGAACACGCAGCCCCAGAUUUAAAAUUCUUUUAAAAGGAGCUAGUUUGCCUUGCAGAGUUUUGGGACUUGAUUGAGAUGGAGUUAUUAUCUUGGGUUUCCUGAUCAGAUAUAUUGUUACUGACUUAGCUGACAUGAGAAAAUCACAUAAGAUGCUAGAGGAACUCAGUAGGUCAGGUAGCAUCUAUAGAGGGGAAUAAGCAGUCAUAUUUCAGGCUGAGACCAUUCAUCAGGACUCGGACUGAAUCAUCAAUUUCAUUUCCCUCCACAGAUGCUGCCUGACCAGCUGAGUUCUUCCCACAUUUUCUAUGAGUUGCUGAAGAUUUCCAGCAUUUGCUAGAUCACUUGUGUUUAUGAUAAUGUGAAAUUUGUUGAUUUUUGUUAGCAGUGUAAAGAUAUAUAUUAUUAAUUUCAAAAACAAAUAAAGUGCAAAGAAACAACAAGCUGGUGUUUGUGGGUAUAUGCUCCAUUCAGAAACCUGAUGGUGGAGGGGAAGAGUCUGCUCUUAAAACAUAGUCUUCAGGCUCCUGUAUUCUCAUUGGCAGUAAUGAGAAGAGGCCAUGUCCUGGGUGGUGAGGGCCCUUCAUAGACUCAAAAAUCAUACAGAACAGAAAAAGGCCCUUUUGUCCAUCUAAUCCAUGCUGAAACAUCUAAACCAGAGGUUUCCAAUUGGGGCAUGUCCUCAGGGUGCAUUAGGGAAAAUAGAAGUUGUUGAGGGGGGCAGCAUUCAAUAUUCUUGGGGUGGGGGCACCAGAACCUGAGGCACAAGACCUGACCAACCGUUAGUGGAGCAGGCAUUUCCAAACAAACAGGAUGAGGCCCUGGACCACCAGUAGAACCAUAGCUCUGUAGGCGGUGAGCACUCAUCACAACGCGUCUGAAACUCAGUAAUCUCACCCGGCCUUAUCAACCAAAUAGACAUUAUUGGAGAUGCAUAAAUUAGCCACCAGGGUGCCCAGCAGUUCCCCUUGACUCGUGGCACAGAAUUAAUUCAUGCAAUGUAACAGUUGGUAAGAAAGUUCGCCCUCUUUGGUAAGAAAGUGCACAGAAGAUCAUCGGGACACAGCUCCCAGCCCUGGAGGACACCUACAGCUCACCCUGCCUAAGGAAAGCUACAAGCAUCUGUAAGGACAAUACACACCCACACAAUCAUCUGUUUGAACUUCUCCCACCUGGCAGACGUUAUAAGAUUUUCUAUGCCCACACUUCCGGACUGAAAAGCAGCUUUUUCCCAGAGCUAUUAUUGCUCUGAACCAAUCGAUCAAGCAUCAUCCAUACAUUUGUUAUAUUGCUACUUUUAAUCCUGGUUUUAUGGCCAUCAUGCAUCCGAGUUGCACUUUUGUGCUGCUGGACGUUGCUUGUACUGGCUGGUUACUGAAUUUUAUUUUUAAUUACUUGCAAUCUAGAUGCAAGAUGGUGGCACGACACAGCGUGCAGCGGCCACUUUGGAAUGAAUAUCUGUAAUCUGUCAAGAAGGAUGCCAUGUACAAUCCUGAUUUGAUGGAGACGGAUGUGUGAAGCACGGUGGAAUAUCUGGUGAAACUUCUGAAAUGCCUGUUUCGCUGCCGCUGCUACUGUGCGAUCGGAAAAAUCUCCGGGAGGAAGGCCCCGAAUACUCAGCUUUGCCUGUUGCUUGGCGGCCGGUGCCGGGGUCGAAGCGCUCGGCAGGGAUGGUACUCAGUGUUCGGUGUUGGAGGGCUGGUCGGACGCUCGAAGUUUCUGGACGGACUCGGAGUUGGCUGUGGUUGGGGCUCCCAAAGUGCUGCAUCGGCAAGCUGCGGCAUUGGAGGUUCAUGGCAGGAAGAGUUUUCCUUCCUUCUACCAUCUGCGUGAGAUGAUGGGCUGUAGGGACUUUGAGACUUUCUUUUAAACUGUGCCAUGGACUGCUCUUUAUCAGAUUACGGUAUUGCUUUGCACUGUUGAAACUAUGUGUUAUAAUUAUGUGGUCUCUGUCAGUCUUUUAUCAAUCAUGGUAUUGUCUGCACUGUUGAAACUAUAUGUAACUAUAACUAUAUGUAAUCUAUGUGGUUUUGUGUAGGUCUUGUAGCUUUAGUUUUGUCUGAUGGGUUUGUAGUUCCUUUCUGGGGAGCGUGCUAAGACGGUAGCACGAUAUCGUUACGCAGCGGCCUCUCCAGACUCUGGACUGGGGAUUACCAAAUGUUAUGUGGUUUUUCUUGUGUGGUCUGUUUUGUGCUUUUAUCAUUCCGGAGAACGUUGUCUCAUGUUUUAACUGCAUUGUAUUUGUGGUUUAUAAAUGACAAUAAUCUGAA